CGGUUGUCUGAAAUGACCUGUAAUUUCAGAUCCGUCUCGGAACGGAAUUCCCCCUUUUUAUUUUGGGAAGAGACAGAAUUGUCGAGUUUUAUUUUAUUGCUUCACCUUCCCAGCUUUAUCUGUUCUUUCCUCGUCUCUCUCUCCUUGUCCCUUUCGAACCAGUCCAUUCGUUUUAUACCAACCAACCAACCACCCACCCGGCUUUCGCUUCUCCCCCAACUCCAGACUCCCCCAUUUUUUACAUAUUAUCAUCCUAUAAUAAUCAACCAAAAUGUCUGCCGAACAAGAUCAGAGGCCCAAGUCCGCCGCUUCCUCCAAGAAGUCCGAGGAUCAGCAACGAGGCCACCAACUGACCGACGACGGGCCCGUUGCCGCCGGUCACCAAGAUGCCUACCACCAACUCUCGGACGACCAACCUGAGGCUGGCGCUGCCGACGGCGAGCAAGAGCAGCAGCAAAAGGCCGACAAGCCCAAGAAGGAGAACCCCCUCAAGAAGUUCAUGGCCUCGCUCAAGUCUCUCAACUGCGCCGGCAAGCCAUCGGGCGACAAGAAGAGCAAGAAGAACGGCGCUUCUCAAGAAGGUGGAGAGGACGACGACGACAACAACACCCCCAACGCCAGGCCGGUGAGCCAGAGCUCGCUGGACAGCAAGAAGGUUGCUGCCGAGAAGAACGCGCCACAGAUUGAUGUCUCUCCUGCGGUGGAGGAUAGCCACCACCAGACGGGAGAGCACGAGGGCCACAAGGAGGACCACGGCAAGGAGGGUGAGGAGAAGGAGCAGGACAAUGAGAAGAUUGCUAGCCCAGUUGACGCGCACCCUCCUGCGUUGACGACUACUGCUAUCAGUGCUACGCCCCCGACUCUUUAGGUGCUGAAAAGUAUCCCUUGAGUCGUUGAACGGUGUUAUCUGUACCAGUCAGAACAUGAUACAGAAGACGGGGAAAGAAAAAAAAAGAAGGGAGACAAUAGACAAUAGACAAUAAGCUGCAUGGACGGGUGUUAAAAGGUCGGGUUGCACUUUGAACACACAGGCACAUAUACACACAUACACAAGCAACGGCAGAUGUUGGAGAGAGGGAGAUACACUGUACGAUUUUUGGACACGGAAACCCCGUUUCAGAGACUGCGGUGAGAGAGGGGAGGGGGAACGACGUCGGACGUGCACGCACGGGGAGUGG